UGUUUUUCAUGGUGGUUGCAUGAUAGUGCGAAUGACAGUUUUACAAGGUAUGCAAAAUUAUAGUACUGAAAUCAAGGGCAAAGUGUGAUGCAUAUAUCGAUUCAGAUUUAUAUGCACAAGUGACAAUUAAUUUCUCGCAAACGAUUGCGUAUGUAUUCUUAAGGAAAACCCCAACCGCAUGAGUUCACAAUUUAUGAAUAAUAAUUUCCGGAAAUGUUUAUAAACGUGGAAUUUUGCAGCCAUCGCUUGCGCAUUACGCAUUGAAAAAAUAACAACCAGGGAAGGUUUUCGUCCUUGUUUAUAAUGCUUCUUACAAGAAACACAUAUUUGGUCGAGCUAACAUCAACUUUAUUUUCAAAAAUGGUUGUCCCGGAACAGAAUUCAUAUAAGCUUGACCCAUAUCUUCGACGACGUUCGACUCAUAUUUAUCAAUCGAUUAUCGUGGAGACCGGUAAUGAACUAGAACCCACUGAUUCUGAAAAUGAUGAAAGGAAUCAAUUAAGUGCCGCAAUUCCUGUGCCUGGUUCAUGGAAAAUAUUUGUCCUUACAACUUCUGUGACUAAUUAUUUUUGCUGUGGAUGUAAUCUAACCAGGAUCAUUUCCAACUUGAAAAAUUAUUCAAUCAAUUCACCCAUCACUUGGGCAGUGGAAAAGUUGGGAGGAGAACAAAUUGCAGGGAUAAAGAAAAAAUUGGCAUCUUCUGUGACUGAUUGGAUCCUAGAUUUUACAACAACAGUCUCAUAUUUAUUUCGUUCUGACUUGAUUAAUGCAACAUUGACCUAUCUCAUUGUGCUAUUAUGCGGAGUAGUCUCAACUUUUGUCUUCUUACGUCAUCCAGACAUCCGCUCAGUAAUGAAGAAGAAAGCGAAGGAAGUGGGAUUCGUGUGGACUCUCCUCUUGUUCAUCCCAACAUUUUUUUCUAUCGUGAGUUGUCGGUUGUGGCUGUUUGUUGAAUCAGAGUCUCACCGUCUUAUUAAACGGGAACGCUCAGCAGAAGAGAUAAUUGGCAACGCAAUCGCAGAAGAUGAUGGCGUAGAAGAAGAACUGUCAACCAAGUUCAAAGACUGGACGUUAACAGCUUUGUGGUUGGAAACUGUUUUGGAAGCAAAGCCUCAAGCAGUUAUUCAAACCAUGUUUCUCAUUGAGAGGAUUUUGGCAACGUCCAACGCUACAAUCUCCGACUUUUUGGCUUUGCCAAUGCUUCUCUCUCUGUGGUCAAUGUACACUGUGACAAAUUCAAUUUACGAAAUAGUCGUCCUGAAUUUUACGGAUGAUACUGGAGUAUUUGGAAAACUGUAUGGAAAUACGUACACGGCGAUGAGCACCCUUGCUCCAGCCCUGGUGAUAAGUGUGAUGCGUAAUUUUGCGAGAUCUAUGAUGGAACAAUUCUUAUUGACAUUGGCCUCCUUGGGACUUUACUAUAUUAUUUUUGAAAUAUUUUAUCAACUCACAUACUUAUUUUGCAGCUUAUCUUCAACCGAAUUUAAGAAACAUGGAACAUUUGUCAAAGUCUACACGGUAAUUCUUGCCUUGAUUUUUUCUGGUUGUGUAACCGUCUGGGGAUUUACUAAUGCGACCCAAACUUCUGCUACCCUUAAAGUUAAAAUUGUUUCCGGCGUAUUUAUACUAUUUCUUACUCUAAACGCACUAACUUGUUUUAAGUCAUUUGACUUUGUGGAAGAAUGCUUUCGCUUGAAAAAUGUUAAAAUCGAUGAAGCAUGGAACAAGUUUAAACUUAGAAAAUCAACAGGAUCGCAUUGAUUACAAUAAUUAAAAUCCACGAUAAGUUCUUUACGAGUUGAUAAUUAUUGUCAUUACCAUUUAGAUAACUCAGUUUAUCAGUCACAGAGACUUGAUUCGAAAGUUGAACAUGAAAUUCGUCAAGUACUUCUGAACAAAUAAAUAACCCUGAUAAAUAAGGAAUACUUUGUAAAUUUUGUGGAAAUAAAUAAUGCGACUUGGUCGUUUGUCAUUCUAUAACAAGA